AUGGACCGCAAGAGUUGUCCAGGAUGUGCGCGUACUGAAUUCAUUUGUUCCUCUCACGCCAAAAAAAUGAAGACGACUUUCAAGGAGAAGGAACAACAGCUCGAAGAAGAAAUUAAGGAGAGGGACAUCCUGAUUCAAGAAAUGUGGAGAGUGAAUCAGGAGCAAGAAAACAGAGACUUCAAAAAAGAAAAUGAAGAACUCAAACAGGAAGUGAAGGAGCUCAAGGAGAAGCAGACAUUCGCUUAUGUGAAUUAUUGCGAGGAACGAAGAAUCUCUGAUAGAGAUAUUCAGGCAUUGGAGAGAAAAAUAAAAAACUACGAGAAAAAAUUUAAGGAAAUCACGAUUGUAGUGGAGAGCACUAUUGAUGAGCAUGCGAAGAAAGAACAAGAUUUGAAGGAUGAGAUUAAGGAAUUGAGAGAGAAGUACAUCGAAGAGAAAACGAGAUUCAACGAAGAAAAAUUUGAUUUGAUCUGGAAAAAUGCUCAAUUGACCCAACAGAUCGGUCGACAACAGACGGAAUUGAUUCAAGAAAAAGAGAGACUCGAAUGGAAAGUCUACAACUUGGAAUUCGAGUUGAACACUCAACAAAAGAGAGAAAGAGAAUGGCAAUUGGAGAAGUUGCAAAUCGAUAAAAGUAUGUGCAUCCUAGCAAUUGAAUUGAAUGCUGUUAUUGAAAAAAGUGAGAAGAUUAUGCAGAAGAAAAUAGCAGAUCAGAACGAAAAAAUCAACAAAUUGGAGAGUACCCUUCAACUGACCGGUUUCAAGCUCACUGAGUCGCAUGUUCAGUUGAAAAACUACGAAAAUCGCGAAGAGCGUCAUCGAAAACAAAACGAUGGAAUGUUCGACACAAUUCAACGUCAAGAAUUGGAAGUUAUUCAACUGAAGAGCCAGAUUGAGCAGCUCGAAACCAAGAUGUCGGAAGAAUCUCAGCAGUUCGAGAAUUCCCUCAAACAAGCAAAUUCUCAAGUGCAGCAUUUCGAAGAGCAAUUGAGGGAUGCAGAGUCACUUCUGAUCGAGGAGCAGAAAAAAAGUGCCCAUACGCAGGAGCUCGCAAACCAGUUGUGGGAAUCCGACCAGUGGAUCGACGAAAAAAUUGAAGAGAUGAACACCGAAAAAAUUGCCACUGAAGAAGAACUCAAUAAGGUCAAAACUCACUUCGAAAAUUACAAAAAAUCGAUUGCAAACGACAAGCAAAACAACGCACAGAAAGUUGCGGUGGAAACUGGAAACCUCAGAGAAGAAAUUAACAAUUUGAAGAGGAAAUAUAACGCUAUGUAUGCAGAAUACGAAGAGGCAAAAAGACUCCUCAGUCGACACAAAAUGUUUUGA